AUGGUCGCUCGUGGGCGUGGCAACUCCAUUCCCGUGCCGGCUUCGGACAACGGGAAGCAUUUCGGCGCGUUGCUGGAGAGCAUGGACGGGGCCGAUGUCUCGUUCACCAUCGACGACAAGACGUUCCAUGCGCACCGAGCGGUGCUCGCUGCCCGUUCGCCGGUCUUCAAGGCUGAGCUCCUAGGUUCCAUGGCUGAGGCUACCAUGCCAAACAUCACCCUCCAUGAAAUUGCCCCUGCCACAUUUAGGGCCAUGCUUCGGUUCAUGUACACGGAUGCAUUGCCUGCAGACGACGAGCUUGGGGAAUCUCCGACCGAGAUGGUGCGGCAUCUACUAGCCGCGGCUGACCGGUAUGCGUUGGACCGGCUGAAGCUUAUCUGUGCACAGAAGCUGUGGGAAGAUGUGUCUGUUGAUACGGUUGCCGCUACCUUAUCCUUCGCUGAAAUGCACAGCUGCCCGGAGUUGAAGAACAAGUGCAUUUGGCUUCUUUGCAACGGGGGAAAAUUUCAGGAAAGCCGUGUUGACAAAGGGUUUCGUUCAGUUGGUGCAACAGUUCCCUUCAAUUGUUGAUGAGCUGCGGGAGAGGAUUGGGUUAUGACUUAUGACAUAGUGUGAUACAUCUCCAUGUGUAUAGUU